CUAAAAGCCGUCGCAUAAUGCCUUGUGUUCUUUUCCCGCAGAUUCCACAUGGGUUGGCUGCAGUUGAGGCGCUGGCUGUCCUUCCUGCCCGCGGCCUUCGUCGUGUACAUCCUCCUCCACUACCUCGUGUACCAGCCCGACAUCUCGGGUCCCCACGCCGUUCUGGUGACGGACGGCCGGAGCAACAGCAGUCUGGUGGGCGGGGCGGGAGGACGGACGCUGCAGAGCGGCCCUCGCGUCUUGCCCCAUCUCUCGUCGGACUCGCAGGACGUCUUGCAGGAUGCCCCGAAUGCCCCCGCGAACGCUGCAACGCCUUCAGCCGGCCUGGAGGACAGCGCCGCGUCGCCAGGCGUGGCAGCGUCGGCAGCGGGCAGCGGGCAUCUCCAGCCGGAGGACAACACGACGGCGUUCCAAGGUAGUGGUGGCGCCGCGCUCCUCGACACUGACUCCCCCAGUCUAGCCAGGUUUGACAGCAUGCCUCGCCGCCUCGGGGCGCAGGACCCCUCCAAGGAGGCGUCCCCCUCCCCCGAGGAGAGCGAGGCCGUCCUUCUCGGCGGCGGCGGCUUGAUAGGGUCCGGCCCGUCGGGCGCGAGCAACGGGCCGAGCGGGGCCGGCGUGAGGACCGGGUCGGCGAGCAGGUCGCCGCCCUCCGCCGCGGGCUCUCUGGGGCUGCCCUCGGGCUCGGCCUCCAGGGCUCCCGUUGAGGACAGUCCGAGAGCCGGGCCUCCGGAGGGCGUGAGUUCGGCCGCCGUCCCGUCCUCGCCCUCGCCCCGUGACGUCCCGCCCCCGCCCGUCCGAGGCGCCGUCCCUGCCCAUCCCACGCCGCUGCCACGCCGCGAGGUUCUGUCCGUGGAAGCCGCCGGGAGGCUGCUGCCCAUGGACCCCGACCCGCCUUUGCCGCCCGCGCACGCCCUCCCGGAGUACAUGGGCCAGGGCGGCCUGCGCUUCGACCAGCGAAGCGUGGACUACCACUACCCCGCCGUGCACGGGGGGUACGAGGGCGAGUACGAGGCCUACGGCCAAGACAAGCCCGGCUACGGCCCCGAAAUAGCGAUGCCGAGGACCUACUACGCCCACAGCCAGGCCAUGGCCGAAAUGGGCGGCCUGCACCCGCUAGGCGGGAACAUGCUGUCCCCCUCUUACGAAGCGUUCGGCUACCCCGACGAGCGCGACCUGGCCAUGGGCGCGAACCCGCCCGCGCAGGCAUUCCCGGCGCACCAAGCUCAACCGUCUGAGGGAAACAACAAGGCCCCUGCGAGCCCCCAGGAGAAGGGGACCCAGCCACAAGCAAAGGGAGUGGCAGGACACACGGAGGUGCGAGUCUCUUCAACAAUGAGAGCUGUUUCCUCAUUAUCUUCGUCUUCUGUGGCAACUAAGGGAGCUGGACUCCCUCAACAAUCUUCAUCUGCUGGACUGGCAGCAGCCCAGAGCCAGCCACAGCCACCUCAUAUGGUAGUAGUGGAAGGCACAGGCUCUGUGCCACAGGUUCGGCAGGCUAAAAAGACUACUGUGGUGAAGAAGAGUAACAUUGCGUCUUCAACUGGGCUUUCUAUUAAUGCUUUAAAAGGAAGGACAAAGGUUGGAGAGAAAUACGAAUCAGGGUUCAAUGUGCCCCAUGAAGAAUUGUGUCCCAACAAUGGAAGAGAACUUAAAGUUCUAGUCCUCAUCACGACAGCCCCAGAUCAUGAAAAGCAUCGUACAGCCGUUAGACAGACCUGGGGCCAUUUUUCGAUCAGAAAAGAUGUUGUCAUGGCAUUUAUGAUCGGGAGAACCAACAACCCUACCAUUCAAGCAAAUAUCGAUAGAGAAAACGAACUGUAUGGCGAUGUUGUGCAAGCGAACUUUAUAGAUCACUACAGCAACCUUACUCUAAAGACAGUGUCAAUGUUUGAGUGGGCCAAGACUUACUGCUCAGAAUCACAUUUCAUUUUGAAAACAGAUGAUGAUAUGUUUAUCAAUAUGCCUUUACUCCUGACUUUCAUCGACUCCAAGAUUAAUGACCGGCGUGUCAUGUACGGACGGCUUGCCAAGGGCUGGAAGCCUGUUCGGAAUAAGAAGAGUAAGUACUACAUUGACACUAGUACUUACAGUAAGACUAGAUAUCCAGAUUUCCUCACUGGGCCUGCCUACCUCUUCACCAACGAUGUGGUGGAUGACAUCUAUCAGAAAGCCCUUGGCACUACUUUCUUCGUGUUAGAAGAUGUGUUGGUGACUGGAAUUGUUGGAGAGAGUUUAAGAAUUAAGAGAGUAGGAGACUCGCGCUUUAGAAAUGAGAAGAUUAAAUUAACGGAUACAUGUAGUCUAAUGAAAACAAUAUCAAUCCAUAUGGUUAAAUAUGAAGAACAGUUUGAUAUAUACAAACGGACACUAGACGGGAAAGCGAAAUGUAAAACAGGAUAGUAAACAUUAGGCAAGCCCUUGCCAUCUCCCAGAGGCAAAGGCUCAAUAUUGUCAGGAAUUGUUUACCAUGUGAUAGAUAAAAUAUGAUUUAUGCUCAAAACAUGGCUCUUUGGAAGUCUGUGAUUCUCCGUUUCAUAAGGUGUAAUGGAAGUCAAGAGACAGUUUCAUUAAUGUCUAGUCCUUCAUUGCAUGUGGUAAUAAGGGAAAGCAAUGCCUUUGUGAGCUCUUGAGUUUAUUUUGAAAAGAAAAGUAUAGAAAAGUGAGAAUGGACCUGCUAGUGAGUUUAAGUGCUGGAAAUUAGAGCCAAAGAUGAUCCAAUGGUGAGAAGUCAUACAAAAUGUUGUGAGAAGUUUGUGAAUUUGUUCUAAGAAGUGUAGAGACUGAGAGCUCCCACUUUGUCCAAACUUCAGAGAAUUGAAAUAGAGCCUUUUGUGAUGUGCUAGAUAUUUGGAAAUUAACUAUUGAUGAUUUUAGUGAUCAGAAAAUAAACGAGAAGGACUGAACACUUUGCUAUCUGUGAUCUGAAUCCAUUUUCUCAUUGCUUUCUCAAGUUUGUUGGAGUGACCUAAGUCAGCUUGCAGUGUUUUUAAGAUGUUCCUAGUGUGAGAAAAUAUGGUCAGGGUUAAUUACUUGCACAAGAAUUUUCAGUGUUAUGACAUCAUAUUUGCACAAAGAUUGAACUGUAUUUGUAGUAUUUACUAUGAAUAAUACCCAGGUGGUAUUAGACUCAUUAAAUUGUAUAUUGUAUAUCAUAUACAAUUUUUUAUUAUCAAAUAUAUAUUUUUCUUGCUGUCUCUGGAAUAAUAGUGUGAGUAAAAAAAAAAGUGAAUAAAUAGGUUGAACUACAUAUAAAUACAUGUAUAUUCCACUUUUGCAAUGACUGUGAACACCAUCAUUAUUGUAACUUUACACACAGAAGGGAAAUGCUGUUUCGGAAAAAAAAUUAUUGCACUUCAGAUUGCAGGUUUUGUUACGCACUUGCCUGUGUAUAAACUUCAGUACCAUGGACUGGUGUGAAUCAUUAUUGUCAUAUUUGUGUGUUACCAUUCUAUAAGUCCAUCUGUUCAUUGAUGCUUGUAGGAAAUACUCCUCUAUGGCUUCGUUCAGUGUACAUAAUAGUUGCAAAUCUUCUUUUUUAUCCUUUUAUUGUUGAUGUUAUUAUUAUAAUAUUAUUAUUAAUACUGUUGUUGUUUUUAUUUUUAUUUUU